AUGCGCCACUCCCUCGUGACCUGCUUGCGCAAGUCGACGUCCGCCCGAAACGUCGUCAACGGGCAAUGGGCCACCACGCACUAUAGUGUCAAGGUCCUCUACAACGAAGACGGAAGCGUCAAGGGAAUUGCCACCAACGAUGUUGGGAUUGGGAAGGAUGGUGCUCCAAAGGAGGGCUUCGAGCGCGGCAUGGAGCUCCACGCCAAGUGCACCAUUUUUGCCGAGGGAUGUCGUGGGCAUUUGACGAAGCAGGUCACCGACCGCUUCAAGCUCCAAACCCAUCCGAUGUCCUACGGCCUCGGCAUCAAGGAACUGUGGCAAAUCGACCCGGCCAAGCAUCGCCCCGGCUACAUUGAGCACACGAUGGGAUGGCCGAUGUCUUCCGACAGCUACGGUGGCUCCUUCCUUUACCACAUCGAGGAUAAUGGCCAGCCACUCGUCUCGAUCGGCUUCAUUGUUGCCCUCGACUAUAAGAACCCCUACAUGAAUCCGUAUCAGGAGUUCCAACGCUACAAACUUCACCCCUCCAUCCGCUCCCAACUCGAGGGCGGACAGCGUAUCGGCUACGGAGCCCGUGCCAUCAAUGAGGGCGGCUACCAAGGAGUCCCGAAGCUCUCGUUCCCGGGCGGCUGCCUCGUCGGCUGCACGGCCGGCCUGCUCAACGUGGCCAAGCUGAAGGGCACCCAUAACGCCAUGAAAAGCGGCAUGGUGGCCGCGGAGAGCAUCUACAAGGAGAUUGGCACGAAUCCGGAGAAGAGCAGCAUCGAGCCGGCCUCCUACCCAAAAGCUCUGGAAGACACCCCAGGAUACCUCGGUGGCCUGGCCUACACCGGCCUCUUCUACGUGCUCGGCCGCGGCCUCGAACCCUGGACCCUCGACCAUGGCAAGCCGGACAACGAGAAGCUUCUCCCGAAGGACAAGGCGAAGCCCAUCGACUACAACAAGAAGGCCGACAACAAGCUGACAUUCGACCUGCUGAACUCGGUGUCGCUCACCGGCACCAAUCACCAGGAGGACCAGCCGAGCCACUUGACGCUCAAGGAUGACAAAGCCCCGCUCGACAUCAACCUCAAGCAGUUUGACGGCCCCGAGUCGCGUUUUUGCCCUGCUGGUGUCUACGAAUUCGUGCCCUCGGAAACGGCCUCCGACCAGAUGCGCCUCCAGAUCAACGCCCAGAAUUGCAUCCACUGCAAGACGUGCGACAUCAAGGACCCCUCGCAGAACAUCAACUGGGUGACGCCGCAGGGCGGUGAAGGGCCAAAGUACGACGGGAUG